GCUAACUGGGACUUUGAGAGAUGUGACCAGCUCUGCACUGCUGUUGUGACUGUACGCCUGAAGUCCAAACCUUGUAGCAAUCCUUUCCAGCUUGUUUCUGAAUUUGGAACCCGCCACCGAACAUUACCGCCGGCCAGCGACCUCUAGGCUCCGUGCGUUUGAAGGAAAGUUUGGUAUUUGCUGGUUCUUGGACCAUUCUUCGGGCGAUGAGUGAAAGGAGGCGAUCAGCAGCUGCCCUCAGUUCAAGGGCUCACGCCUUCUCGGUGGAAGCACUGAUCGGGACAAAUAAAAAGAGGAAAAUCCAGGAAUGGGGCGAGAAGACAAUGGAACUGAGUGUGGACAGUAUAAGCCCGGACUCGGAGCUUGCAGACAACGUGGAUUCAAGCCAGUGUAUGGAGAUCAACUCCGUUUCUAUUCAUGAACUGUUUGCUGUGUCUGAUCACUGCAAAUACUCGGCGUACAGGUUUGUACAGGACUGUUUAAAAUUAAAGACAGCCGUCGUUACUCACUGGCCUGUUCGGAAUGAUGGUGAAAUAACGCAAUAUGUUUAUCACAGUUCGAAGUGGAUGGUUGCUGGGAAUGCAGAUUCACCAGUACCUCCUCGGGUCUACAUCCAUCCAGAUUCUCUAGCUUCUGGGGACACAUGGAUGCGACAAGUCAUCAGCUUUGAUAAACUCAAACUCACAAACAAUGAGUUGGAUGAUCAAGGGCAUAUAAUUCUUCAUUCCAUGCACAAGUACCAGCCGCGGGUGCAUGUGAUCCGAAAAGACUUUAGCAGCGAGCUGUGCCCAACCAAGCCAGUGCCUGCAGGAGAAGGGGUAAAAACCUUCACUUUCCCGGAGACCGUCUUCACCACAGUUACAGCAUAUCAGAACCAGCAGAUUACAAGGCUGAAGAUCGACAGAAACCCGUUUGCCAAAGGAUUCCGAGACUCGGGCAGAAACAGAACUGGUUUAGAGGCCAUCAUGGAGACAUAUGCCUUCUGGAGACCUCCUGUUCGGACCCUCACAUUUGAGGAUUUUACCAACAUGCAAAAGCAACAAGGAGGUAGUACAGGAACAUCACCAACAACAUCUAGCCCAGGAACUCCAUCCCCUUCAGCAUCUUCCCAUCUACUGUCUCCAUCCUGCUCCCCGCCUACUUUCCACCUAGCCCCCAACACCUUUAAUGUUGGCUGCAGGGAGAGUCAAUUCUGCAAUCUCAACCUCUCUGAAUACCCAGCCUGUGCCCGAGGCAAUAUGGCUACCUUGCAGAGUUAUCCUGCUCUAGCUGAGGGUGGAUACAAUCGACUACAAGGUCCUAGUGCUUCUUCUCAACCGCCAACAGAAACGUUUGUUCCACAGAAGACACCUUCGCUAAUCUCUGCAGUACCCACCCCUUCUUCAUUACAAGGCAAUAACAAGAUGGAUGCUUACAGCAGUCAACUGCCACCAUUUACUGCUUCCCAGUUUCAGUACGUCAUGCAAACAGGAAGUCCUAACUCUAACACCUCUUCAUCUCACAUGUUUAGUGGUAGUCAUGUCCAACAGAGUUCCUACAAUGCCUUUUCUUUACACAACCCAUAUAACCUUUAUGGUUACAACUUCGCUGCCUCCCCCAGACUGGCAGCCGGCCCUGAGAAACUUAAUGCCUCCCAAAGCACUUUACUCUGCUCCUCUUCUCCCAAUGGGGCGUUCAGUGAGAGACAGUUCUUGUCCACGGGAAUGGAUGGGAUGCAUGUGAUUGGCUCCACUCCUUCCCAGCAGCCUCAGAAUACUUGUGACACUAGACAAUAUGGGACUAUCCCAGGGAGUUCUUCUCAAAUGUCAGUGCAUAUGGUAUAAGAAGAAUAUUUAACAACAAAGUCUUUACCUGAGUUGUCCAUACACACGCAGCACUAUGCACUAGGGCCUCCACAGUGGGUUGAUGUCAAUACUAGCACUAGCAAUAGCAAAAUUAUGUCUCCAAAUAUUAAUCUUCCUAAUUAAGUCAAAAUCCUACAAGGCCCCAUAACACUUCGAAACUAAUGAUAUUGGGAGAAACAAAUCUUGAGUGAAACUAUAUUGAGUGCAGAAAAUGUAAAUGUAAUUAGGUCUCCAUUCAUCGUCUAGAAUUUGUUAUUCGCCAUCUUACACAGCUUCUAAUGCAUAAUUCUCCUUCUAUAAGCGACUUGAUUCCCCAAAACUGGACAAAUACCUGUCCCUUGCAGCAACACAUGUGAUUUGCACUGAAGCAUAUUGAAAUAUGUACUGACAAAGUAUAUUGUCUAGUUUUGAGGAAAAACUGCUCAACUUUCUCAAUACUCAGAAGUGUUAUGUCUCAUUUAGGAUCUUUCCUGUAUUCCAUAUUGUUGUGUCCAGAACUGUCCAAUCAGGAAGUUGUACUGUAGCAUUUUAAAAAUGGCCCAUUCCAAUGUCACUUUGUGUUUGGCCCUUAACAGAAGAUCUUUGUUUUAAGUUUCUAAGAAACAGGCUCAUUUGUCUUUUUGUUUUCCUUUUCUUUUGCAAUUUUGCAAAACUGUAGUGUUGACAAGUUCAAUACCUGACUUAAACAAAGUGUAGAAAAUACAGUGUAUGUAUUUGAAUUCACUGUGAAGAAAAUGCGAACAUUUCUAAUUGAUGCUGGAUAAAGCUAUUAAUAGUGGAACUUGGUUACUUCUAAAAUGCUCGUUUUAACUGACUGUGCACUCAUAAAAAUGGGAGACAAUGUUGUGCAAAGAACAAAAGUCUUUAACUAAUCCUAUUAGAUUAUUAGUCUACAAGGUUGUUCCAUUGGACUUCUUAGUUUGGGUGUGCCACAUGAAAUAGCAGAAAGGCACACAAAAUUUACUCCGUCUCUGGCUCUUAGCACAACAUAGCUUCACCAAAAGAAGAAUAAGCACUUAUUAAGAUGGUCACAGAACUUGGUGAAUUACCUGCAAGGAAACUAUUGACUCUUUUGUGCUAAGCGUUUGGAUCUGCUAAUCUAAUAAUGGGAACUUCUUCCGGUUCAAAUAAAUGUGCUUGCGAAGAAGCAACCUCCUGUAUAUGGAUCUGUAAAUCAAAUUAAAAAUGUGUGGGGAAUGAAA